UGCAAUAGAAACACAAACACAACAAACAAAAGCAGUUAUGAUGGAAAUGUCCACCUUGCAAUCAAACCUUAACUAUGAGAAUUGCCAGCCUAAAUUAGAAACAAAGGAGACCCCAGAAUCACACAUCCUGCUUGUUCACCUUCCUGGUUAUGCAGAAGAUGAUAUAGGAGCUCAAUUUGAGUACGAUUAUAGAAGAGUUAGAGUUUUUGGUGGAAGACCCCUUGGAGAUAACAGAUCAAUUCGCUUCAACGUUGUAUAUGCAGUUCCUUGGAAUUGUGAUGUGAACAAGCUUAAGGGUAUGUUCCAAGGAGAAAUUUAUAGUGUUACAAUGCCAAAGGUGAAUACAUCAAGCGAUUUCCCAGAUCAAAAUUCACCCAAAUCUUCAUCACAUGGAAAGGCUCAAAUUGAAGUAUCUGAGGAACCAAAAUCAAUAAUUGAGAGUCAAAAACAAGAUAAUGAGACUUUAACCUUACCAAAAGCCAUAAGUGAUUCAUUGCCUCAAAAGGGUGAAGAGGUAAUUUCACAAGAUGCCAAGAAUCGAAGAGAAGAAAGGUUUGAAAGUAGUGAAAAGAAAAGGGUUGAUAGGAAAGACACUAUGGAAGAAAGUGAGAAUGUUUCUGCCUCAGGAAAACCACCCCAGAAAGGAAAAAAGGAACAUGUCAUGGAUGAGACAAGUUUCAUCACAAAGAGUGAAGAGGAUGGUAAGGGUAAGGGAGAAAAAAUGGAAAUGAAUGAUACACUUGAUGAAGGGAAUGAUGGAAAGGACAUAAUUGGAACAUCAAAAAAGAAAGGAAUAAAGGAGGUGGCUACUUCUGCUUCUCAUGCCGUGACAAGUUUGGUAAAGAGGUUCAAUGAAGAAGAUAUGAUGCUGUUAUAUACAAGUGCAACAACGGCUAUAGUGUUGGCACUAGGUGUUUAUGCUUCUUACAAACUUCGUUUCUCAGCUAGACAAUAGAUAAAGGAAUUAAUCACUCUUUCCUUUCAUGUGAUUUUGGCAUGUUUUGUUUUCAGUAUAUUGUAAAAUCAAAGAAAGCAUGCCUAGUUUUAUAAUCAUAAUCAAGUUGAACGGCAGUUGUCUCAAUGAUUAGACCAAAAAACAAUGUGUUACAGA